AUGAACUUGGCCGGCGGCCAGACGACGAGCUCACUAAAGAUAUUCAAGCAAGGGCUUCUUGUGCGCGAAGGGGACGAUGAAAUAGUAGGGGGAACUGCCGACAUGGUGAUGUUCUUUCUAAAAGAAACCUUGACCAGGGCUUUCUUUCAAGAACAACAACAGUUGCAGACGGAUUACCUGGUAGUGCACGAGUGGGCUCACCUGCGGUACGGAGUCUUCGACGAGUUCGGCUCCCCCAAGGACCCACUGUAUCCGGCUGUCUACAUGCGGGGAAGCCAGACGCUGUCAAACACAUGCAGUGCGCGCAUCAUGACAUCACCGCAGAAGGAAGAUGGCAGCCCGUGCGGCAUCAUUGAGGGUGCCCUGGAGGCCGGCUGCGUAGACUUCGAGCCCGUGCCAGAACUGACCGAUGCGCGGUCCUCCAUCAUGUUCCUGCCUCCACUUCCCAUGGUGGACUCAUUCUGCAACGACAGUGUGGAGUUCGCUCACAACGCAGGCGCCCCGUCACCGCAAAACGCACUGUGCGAUGGUCAGAGCACAUGGAACGUCAUUUCUGCUACAAACGACUUUCGCCGGUUAAGCGGACCGUCGCCUUUGCAGCCAACCAACUUUAGAGUGGUGCGCUCUGGUUCCCGACCCGGACGUCUGGUGCUUGUCAUGGAUGUUUCUGCAAGCAUGGCACAGGGUGACCGCUUGGCACAACUGAGGCGAUCCGUAUGCCGAUUCCUGGAGGACGGUGCUCCCGAUCAUUCCUUGGAGCUGUCAAUGGUAGUCUUCAGCCAGAAGGCACUGAUCCUUGAACCCUUGGCGAAGCUUAACGACACCGUACGGAGGAGAUUGAAGGAGACCGCGUUGCCUGUUUCCGUCGGUGGAAGAACCUCCAUGGGAGCUGGGAUCACUGCGGCUCUUAAGGCGCUGGAGCCCGGCGGGGCUGAAGGCAGUGCCGUGCUACUGAUCACCGACGGAGAGGAGAACGAGCCACCCUUCCUGCGCGACGUGCUGCCACUGCUGUUGCAGAAGAAGGUGACGCUGCACACAUUAGCCGUUACGACUGACGCGCAAGCCUCGCUUCAGAAAGCGGCGCGAGACACGGGCGGACGAGCGUUCACAACAGUCGGCUCCGAUGAUGUAGUCGCUGGAAUUGCCGACGCCCUCUCCUCGGUCGCGGUCGAGCAACUCGACGAAAAGGCUCGCCCUGUUACGCUAUUCAGCGAGUCUGUCAACGUCACGAGAUUCGGCGUGCCUCUGGAUGAAGCACUCGGUCGCGCUACGCGGUUCGUGAGCUCCUCAGAGCAUCUGGAAGUGGUCAGCCCAUCGGGCGAGCGCUUGCGGGGCUCGUACGACGCCAGCCUUAAGAGAAGCAAGCUUCUUUUGGACAGCGCUUGGACGGGUUGGUGGACCGUGCACCUGGCAGCACCGGCGCGGGUGUCCAUAACAUCGUGGCCAUCGCGUUUGGGCCCUGUGACCCAGCUGCGGACUUUCCUCGGGAACAGUGUCCUGAAGCGGGCUGCAUCCCACCUACCGCCCGCCGUGUUGCACGCGGAACUGGUGCGGGGUGCGAGGCCUCUCCUUGGCGCCUACGUCACGGCUUCGGUGCGGACACCAGGAGGACGGGAAGUGCACCUAUUGCUCAGGGACGACGGCGCAGGAAUUGACGUGGCAGCCGGAGACGGCGUCUACAGUGCUGCGUUUUUCGCUUUCGACGUGGCCGGUCAUUAUGCGGUUCAAAUGCGUGCGAGGGGUCGUCGAGAAGCAAGAAAUGGAAAGUGGAGUUUCUCCCGAUUUGCUGAUGCCGGGUCGCUGUGGGUGGGAGCCGUCGACAGAGACUUGGCCUAUCCGCCUGCGACCGUGCGAGAUCUGCGCGUGGAAGGGGUGAGGCGCACUGCGCAGGGGUGGCUUGUCACCCUGGCAUGGACCGCAUCAGGUGACCAGCAGGAUCAAGGCACGAGUGCCAGGAUAGAGCUGUUUGCGGCGAAAACGGCCUCUGCACUGUGGAAUGUCUUGGAGGGCUCCCAAAAAAACAAGACCUCGGUUCAUCGAGUGACGGAGUCGAAGCUGGAGGCGGGCAGCCGCCUGACUCCAGUUCCUCCAGCUGGCCACUUGCACAGGGUGUCCAUUGUCAACGCCUGGUCAACCAGUGACCAUGUGCACGAGCUCUACUUCGCUGUCGUCACAGUGAGCCACUCGGGCGUCCAAUCUGCCCUUUCCAACGUUGCUGCAGCCAGCUUCGUAGCCGGCGUCAAGUUACGACAGGCGUCAUUUCCGCCCUGGCUUCCAGUGCUUCUGUUCUCACUGGUCGCAGUGGCCGCUACCCUGGUUCUAGCCGCUGCGUAUCUGUGCGUUCGGCGUCGUGAAGUCGUGCGCUCCGACAGACCCGUGGCUGUGUUCGCGGCCGCUCCGGGCAAGGCGCAGCUAGAGAUUGCUUGCAGGAGGAGCCUCCUAGCGCAGCCCUGAGAAGCACGUGGCGACCGGAACGCCGAGAGGCCUAGUAUAGGCGACUAUGGGAUGGCGGCAAAACUGCUGAUGCCGUUUUCACAUGACGUGAAUUCGUUCACUAGUUAAAAUCAAAAUUUGGAACUUUCCUUCCAUUAUCGGCGGCACUACUGUCCCGGCAUACCUGAUCACGUUCAAAUGGUGUACCUUUAAAAACAAAGGCCAAGCACUUAUUUGGUUCAUCUUUAAUGUCGAUGAUAUGCGCUACAGCUGUUGUAGGUACUGCUGAUUUGUGAUCCUUUGUUGUUAUCACGAUAGCCAGGAACAGUGUUCGACAAGUAGGCAAACUAUAAACGUUCUCCACCCAAGAAGGCCUCACAUUUUUCUCUACACACUGUGCCAUAACAGGAUGGCAGCGCCGCCAAAGCUACAAGCCUCACCACGUCGUUCAGAGCUGCGUGCGAUAAAGUACUUCCGUUGCGGUCGCGCAUUGUAUUGCUCAUUAGUUCCAUACUGAUGUGCGUAUUUGCAUUUUUGCGCCAUACCGCUUCGACAGCAUAGUAUUAGUGGCCAUUCGGCGUUGUGUCCGAGAACCGAUGUGAAUUUCUGGGCGUUUAGACUGAACGAAAGAUGCGGUACAUGGCCUCCGACGUGUUGCGGCUCAGGCAAUGACAAUCCAACCACGCUGCUGACCUUCACAAGCUAUAGAUACCAAUAUUUGUUUGUACUUUGCAUUUCUUGUAAACUGACCCGCCGUGGUUGCUCAGUGGCUAUGGUGUUAGGCUGCUGAGCACGAGGUCGCGGGAUCGAAUCCCGGCCACGGCGGCCGCAUUUCGAUGGGGGCGAAAUGCGAAAACACCCGUGUACUUAGAUUUAGGUGCACGUUAAAAAACCCCAGGUGGUCAAAAUUUCCGGAGUCCUCCACUACGGCGUGCCUCAUAAUCAGAAAGUGGUUUUGGCACGUAAAACCCAAUAAUUUUGUUUUUCUUGUAAACUGCGCCACAUUACUAAUUUUCCGUACCCGAUGUGCGUGGCGCGUAACGUAUGUAAGUCUUCAAGUUUGACUGCGACUCUAUGCUACCCAAAAUGCAGCAAUAAAAACUUUGGCCAUAUUAUUCAACAACAAGAAAACUCGUUGUAGCUGACAUAAACAAGGGGUAUACUCACAGAAUUAAAAAAAAUAUAAACACGAACUAUAACGAAAAUAAACAUCAUGUACGUCCAUAAAUUCAAUGCACUAAGCCGCGCACACGUCCAUCCAUCCCUUAUGAAAAUUACUGUUGAAAUGUUGUUGGCAUAUGUUGAUGAAUUGUUGACUCAAUAGCCUUUCAAAAUACGUCAACAAUUAUUGAAACCACAGAGCAAUAAUUCAGCAGUAAAGUUGUUGGGUAGUUCACAACAAAAAAGUCGUUGACUAAAUUCUGUUGAUAUGAUGUUGAAUUGUAUUGAGUAUUAUUGAGCUAUUGUUGAGUAGCUUCCAACAAUAAAGUCGUUCCCUAAA